AUGCGAGAACAGUUCAGCACUUUCUUCCCUCUGUGUACACACGAACUAGCGCUAUCCACGAGGCCAGGAGCGGAAGCGAGAGAAAAACUCACUUUGCAAGAAAAGCUCGCUUACGCCGGGGUUCGAACCUCUGACCUGACCUCUAGAAGGUUUCGAGGUUACCAACUAGACCACCGGGGCGACCGGCCAGACUGUCAGGAGCAAUCCUCAGAACGACGGCUUAUCUCAAAAUAUGUUUCCUUAUUUGGGAAAAAUUUUGGCACUUUCUUCCCUCUGUGUACACACGAACUAGCGCUAUCCACGAGGCCAGGAGCGGAAGCGAGAGAAAAACUCACUUUGCAAGAAAAGCUCGCUUACGCCGGGUGCCGUUUACUCCAACCCGUGGUCACACAGAAGAGCCCCUCUCUACCCUCCCCUCCUGCGGUACUUUGCCUUCGAUUUUUAAUGCGAGAACAGUUCAGCACUUUCUUCCCUCUGUGUACACACGAACUAGCGCUAUCCACGAGGCCAGGAGCGGAAGCGAGAGAAAAACUCACUUUGCAAGAAAAGCUCGCUUACGCCGGGGUUCGAACCUCUGACCUGACCUCUAGAAGGUUUCGAGGUUACCAACUAGACCACCGGGGCGACCGGCCAGACUGUCAGGAGCAAUCCUCAGAACGACGGCUUAUCUCAAAAUAUGUUUCCUUAUUUGGGAAAAAUUUUGGCAAGAUCUCUGCUGCCGCUCUCCUCCUGGUCUCGGGCAGCGUCUGCCGAGGGCAAGUGGAAACAUGUCAGGACCUUCUGGACGCCUUCGCGUUGACAGCGUCGCAGGACGUGGUGGUGGAGAUCCAGCCCGGACAGGACAUCACCUGCGACAACUUCACGACCAUGAGCAUGUCGGCGAACAGCCUGACGGUGACGGCUACCGACGGACAGUCCGGCAGCGUCGGCCUCAACGAGGUCCGCUUCGAGGUCACCGACGGAGCGAAGCUCUUCUGGCACCCGGGGGCCUCGUUCACCGAGACUGAUUACCAGGACGUGAACGGCGGUGCGGUGUACGUUGGAGAAGGCUCGACGGCCCGGUUCUACGACACCCUCACCACGUCUGAGGUGGGAGUGCGCAGCGUGCCCGAGGAAGGCUCCGACUUCGCCAGCUACGAACUUAUCGGAGGGUGCGUGCGUGCGUAUACAUACGUGGACGGCUACUUCCGUGUGGAGGGCCACGCCUCCUUCGUCGGCUGCGAGAACUCGGGCGGAGGGGAGAGCUCGCCGGGGCCCGGCGGCGUGAUGUACGUCGGGGAGACCGGGUCGGUGCUGUUCGCGGGAGAGGUGACGAUGCAAGACGUGUCCAUCAUCGACGACGAGGGCAACAACGGAGGGGGGAUCUACAACCUCGGCAAGGUCAACAUCAAGGGGAACGCCUUGUUCCAGAACCUGCGGGCGGAGGCCGGAGGGGCCAUCUUCAACGGCUCGGGGGCGGAGUUCAGGUUCAAGAAGGGGGCCACCGCCGACUUCAUCGACUGCCUGUCCUUCGACGGCACCGGCGGGGCCGUCUUCAACGCCGGCUACUUCAAGCUGUCCGGCCCCGCCGAGGUCGUCGAGUGCCGCGCCCCGACCUUCGUGGUCGGAAGCAGCGGGUACACGAGGCUGUCGGAGGGGUCCGUCUUCAACGGCGACGGUUACGAAUACCCCGAACCCAUCAUUUUGGUCAGGGAGGGGGGAAGGCUCACCGGCGUGGGGAAGGUCACGUUCGACAACGCCGCGGAGACGGGCUGCGGCACCGUGUACUACGAAGAAGGAGACGUGUGCUACUCAUGA